CUCUGUAUGUACACCCUGUGGUACUGUUUCAAUCAUAACUUAUUUAUAUUCUCUCUCAAAUGUUGAGGAAAAGGCAGAACAUAACGGACAAAAAUAAUCGAAUCAAAGUGCAGAUCUUAGUGGUCAGUGUUUCGUGUGACACUUUAUUUCACUUCCUUUAGAGCAAUGACACCAUUUCCUGCCAUGGUAUCGUUUAGCGUACAAUAUUUUAUUAUCUCCCAGAAUUACAGAAACCAUUACUUUACUUCUGGUAUUUAUUUUAGGCUAUAACGGUAGAAUGUUCUCAACAUAAAUGAGGAAGUAAGAUGCUUUUAAUCUGAAUCUGAUCACUAACAGAAAACAUGUCAGGCUGCUCCGUGUAGUAUGUGCAUGUUUGCUGUAGUAUAAAGUUUAGAGUUUAGUGUGAGCUGCAGACUGGGUCCCCCGAGGCUGAACACUGAGGAGACAUGCAGGCUGUGAUCGGACUGUUGGUGAUGAUGCUCGGAGCCUCUUACGGUCUGGAAACCUACUGUGACGGCAGACAGGAUGGAGCUCAGUGUUUCGGUCCUUUGGGAGGAACUGUGGUCCUCCAGCUGAUGGACAGGGGCUUAGAAACAGAAAGAUACAAAUUGUACAAAUCGUCAAACAAAGCAACAGUAAUACUUACUGUGAUAAACAAUAUGAUUGUAACGAAUGCCAUAAAAAGCAGAUCCUCAUUUAAUCUCGGUGAUGGAACAUUUAGGGUGAACAACCUCAGCAGGACUGACAGUGAUGAAUAUCAUUUUGAAAUCCGUGACAACAAAAGUAUCAAAGAGAAUCGCGCUCUACGACUGACCAUUCAAGCUCCUGUGUCCUCUGUCCGGCUGGCCUCUGAGUGUCUGUCCCAGGGAGAGAAGAGGGUCUCCUGCUCCUCUGGGGGAGGGGACAGUCUUCAGUACAGCUGGACUCUGGAUGGACGCUCACUGACAGACACUGAGCUCCUCUCUGUAAAUACUGAGACGAACAGCAUCACUCUGAAACAACACGUCUCUGGAGCAGUGGCCUGCUCCGUCGAGAAUAACGUCAGCCGCUUCUGUGGCUUCACAUUCAUCAAGUGCACCUCAAAUGAGACACAGAUAUCACAGUGGGUGUUUGCAGCCAAUAAUAUGCUGUGUAUCGAACCAACAACACCUCCUACCACCAUCUCAGAAUCCUCCACUGUGGCUGAUCACUCCCUGCUCGUAUGUGGUGUGCGGGCAGCUGUGGUGGUUUUUGCAUUAAUCGGGAUUGCUGUCUAUUUUGCUUGGAAGAACAAGGACUACAAGAAGGCUGAAGGUUCUGCUUACCGUCCAGAGAGGGAACAUCAAGAUGAGUCUGUUGUGAUGGUUGAGAUGUAAGGCAUCUGAAGUUCAACUCAGGUCGUCUCUCAUCGUCUUUAAGCAUGUGAAGAUAGGGAGUGGAAGUAAUCUGCUGUUUUUAUUCUAAAAUUAUAAUUUGUGUUCACAGUUUAGCACCUCAGCAUGAGUUGUUAUUAUCUGAGGUCUGUUAGUGUUGUUUUGCAUUUGUAUCACUCUCACAGAACAAAGGUAAUGAAUUGUGCCUACAGUUAAUGUGAUCACAAGUCGAGAUGCCUGAAUUGUUUCACUCUUUUUGAAUCAUGUUCAUUUAUAUAAUUAAAGUUUUAAACUCAGAUUGAAUCAUGUGCAUAAUAGUUUGUUGUUUUUCUCAUGUGAUUAUAUUUGUUGCUUGCUUGUUUGCAAUACGUUCUAAUGUAAAGUCUUUUUCCUUUUUAGUGUUGUUAUAUAUCCAAUGUAGUGGUGAUAUUUUAUAAAGUUAAAUAUUGCUUUCAUGUGAAAAUAAAGUAAGUAAGUAAGGUUAAUAAAGGUCUGUAAGUGUGUUUGACUAUUUG